CUGAAUGCGUGUUUCUUAAAAGUUAAAAGACUGCAACACGAGAUUAUUUGGGAUUUGCAUAAUGUGUCACCUGUUGAACAAAUAGACAGACGCUUAAGAAACCUCAUUUCACGUCACCGUUUCCUGGAUGGUUCGUUCGAAAUGAUCCACAUAAUUACAAAACACCACUUACUAGAAUGUUCAAAAGAUAAGCAGAUCAGCACGCACACGCACUAAAACUCCCUUUGCAGGAAGUUAAAUUAUAGUGUGAAAAGUAAUGUGGACUACCGUGAUAACAGCGCCACUCCUUCCACCAGUCUGACUUCUUAUCUUACGUUACGUAGUACAGAGGCUGAAAUGGGAUUGGAUUGAAGAAUCUGCGUUCACUUCAGGCAAGGUCAAACUGGUUAGCAGGGUUAUAGAGCGUGUUGUUUCAUGUUGAUACUUCAAACACUCGAACUCCUCCACAUUUCCUGAACUUUGGAAGGAGGCCCUUUGUUUCUCAAUAUCACCUUGGAUGAAGAUAAAGAGGGAUGUAAAGAUGAUAUGGCUGCAGCAGGUGUCUUUUUACGGAUGUAUGACAGAGGGACUACUGCAGAGCUCGGCCUGUUGAUGAAGUCCUGUAUUGAUCAGGGUCAGCUGGUACCCGAUGACGUCAUGUCUCGCCUCAUCCUGAAUGACCUGAGAGCACUGGACCAGAGCAGCUGGCUGCUUGAUGGCUUCCCUCGCACAGUAUCCCAGGCAGAGGCUCUGGAUGACGCCUACAGUGUGGAUACAGUCAUUAACCUCAAUGUCCCUUUCCAAACCAUCAAACAGAGGUUGACCUCUCGCUGGACUCACCUUCCCAGUGGCAGAGUUUAUAACAUAGACUUCAACCCACCUAAAGUCCCUGGUUUUGAUGAUGUGACGGGGGAGCCUCUGGUCCAGAGGGACGAUGACACACCAGAGACAGUCACAAGGAGACUGAAGUCCUAUGAAACCCAGACAGAGCCAGUCCUAGAGUACUACAGGAGUAAAGGUGUACUACAGACCUUCUCUGGGACAGAAACCAACAAAAUCUGGCCGCAUGUCGAGGCUUUCCUCCACAGAAAACUCUCCUCCGUCAACCAGAAAGUUGCAUAGAAAGCCAGAACAGAAGGGCACAAGAAAGGUUAAAGUUUACCAUGAGAAACCACUCUGUACGCAUUGAUCAAUCAGGAGCCACUCUCUCUGAAAUACAAGGAGAGCCAUCUGUGUAAUAAUACAUUCUAAAUGUUCAGAAUGAGGAGCAACCUCAGUUUAUGUCAGGAAGUCAUGGUAAGACUACAGACAUUGUGGGGAAAAACUCCACUUUUGAAGUACUUACGGCUCUACUGUGGUGCCGUUUCCACAAUGCUGGAAAACUCUCAGGAUGCAUGCAAAAAGAUCAAUUAUUCAAAGAUUCAAUAUUAGUCCUUUUAAUUUAAAAAAAAAAAUCUCCUUAUUGGUUAACGUGCCUUUAUAAAGGCAGGAGACAUCACCGAAGCAAAUAUCAAGAUCUUGUACAAUCCAAAAUCAAAGUUCGAUUCCCGAGAAAUGUUUAUAUUUAUACGAAGAUAGGAAUCGUUUUAAUGGCAUGUCCUCUGGUGAAUGCAAACAACUAUUAGGAGUGGAGUCAUGUAUACACUUUUGCCUUUAAAGGUUUGCUAAAUUCAAACAUGACUUCUAAUUGUAGUUGAUGGCAGCAACAACGAAAAAUAGACAACACCGAGAUAUCUUGAGUUAAAUAAGAGACUAAGAUUUUUUUCAUUAGACAUCCUGUGAAAGCAAUAUGUCAUGAACUUAUUGCUCCAACACAACAGUCCAAAUAUGGCUUUGGGACUGUUCUUAUAGUGUGGGUAACUGCCCUAAAGGGAUACGUGCCAUUUUCCGCGAGUUAUUGUAAAUUCACUUUUCCACUCAAGUGCCUCUUGCUGCUUUUGAAUGUAGACUUUUAAUCUAUAUUUUUCAUAUGGACAACAGAGUGAACAGGCUAAUAUAUAACCUGAAUACACUUAUCAUAUUAAAUACCAGUCUUAAUUGUUUUGUCUUUCAAAACACACCACAUUGUUUCCAUUUUAACCAGGCAUUCCACCUUGUUUUGAACAAGUCUAUGUAUGUAUACCAAUAUUUGCCAUUUAAUGUGACUUGAACAGCAGAAAACCUUAUUGAUACAUAUAUUAACUUAAAAUAUUUCAAGCAGUUUAUCAUCUUGUCAAGGUUGAUCUGCAGUUCUGUGUUUUUGCACCUUGUCUGAAGAAUGUUUCAUCAUGUUAAAAAACACAGAAAUGCCAACAUGCCUUACAAUGUACUGUACACUGAUGUGUUCACCUAUAGUGAAUGUCUCCUAUGUGUAUUUCUCAACACUUGAAUUUUUAAAAGCACAUCUGCUCUUGAUGGACAACUUACAGCUGUGUGUUUAUUAUGAAUUAUAAUAAACUUCUGAUACUA